UAUACCAUAAAGAACCAAAGAUGUCCGUCACGUAUGAUUCCAGUCCAAGAUCUGUGUAGUCCUUGGGCCGACGCGACUAGGAUAGCGAUUUUCUUUUCGUUAUGAGAGAUGUUUGAGUGGAUUUCACGGUCGCCUGUGCGCGCGUUCACAACGAAAAAUGCGGAUUUUUCGCGGCCACCGCAUAUAGCAACGCGUGCGCAUUCAGAAUAUUCGCGUAUCGAGAAAUUAUAGUCGUCGCCUAAUAGUUACGGCCUAAUCGCACCAGUUUCUCGGCGAUAUUUCCGUUGAAGUUCUGUCGCUGUCACUUCUCAAGGCGUUGCACAAUAUACGACGUUGCGAUGGCCGAUGACACGAGUGUACGCGUUGCUGUACGAAUAAGGCCUCAAGUUGCACGUGAAGUAAUCGACAUGUGUAGAAUUUGUACCCAAGUACCUCCAGGAGAACCCCAGGUCUUUCUUGGACCAGAUAAGGCCUUCACUUAUGAUUACGUUUUUGAUACUGCUAUUGGACAAUGCACAAUUUAUGACACGUGUGUUGCACAUUUGGUGGAAGGAGCUCUAGAUGGAUACAAUGCAACUGUACUUGCCUAUGGUCAGACUGGUUCUGGCAAAACUUACACUAUGGGUACCGGUUUUGAUGUGGAAGUUGAUGAAACUGUAAUUGGAAUCAUUCCUAGAGCUAUCAUGCACCUUUUCAAUGGAAUUGCAGAGAAACAGCAACAUGCUAGAGAACGUGCACAAAUGCCUCCAGAAUUUAAAGUCACUGCACAAUUUUUGGAACUGUAUAACGAGGAUUUGAAGGAUCUAUUGGAACCAGGUGGACCAAGAGGUGGUGCUCGUAUUCACGAAGAUACCGCGGGCAACAUCCAUUUAGCUGGCGUCGAACCACGAAUCGUAGUUAGUCCGGAACAAGCGUUAGAAUAUUUACGAUUAGGAGCACUGUCGCGCACAACUGGAUCCACCCAAAUGAAUACUCAGUCGUCGAGAUCACACGCGAUAUUCACAUUGUACAUAAGACAGCAAAAAUGCAUAAAAGUUGAAGAUCCAGAUGCUGAUAUUGAUACAAGUGGCACAGAACCGGCGAGCGAAUUUGAAACUUUAACUGCUAAAUUCCAUUUUGUGGAUCUAGCUGGUUCAGAAAGAUUAAAGAGAACUGGCGCUACAGGAGAUAGAGCAAAAGAAGGAAUAUCUAUAAAUUGUGGAUUGUUGGCCUUAGGUAAUGUAAUUUCAGCGCUUGGUGACAAAACAAAGAAAGCUUUACAUGUUCCAUAUAGAGAUUCAAAAUUGACUAGGCUACUUCAAGACUCACUGGGAGGAAAUAGUCAGACUGUUAUGAUAGCCUGUGUAUCACCAAGUGAUAGAGACUUUAUGGAAACUCUAAGUACUCUAAAGUAUGCAAACAGAGCAAGAAAUAUAAAGAACAAAGUUACAAUUAACCAGGACAAGAGUUCAAGGACAAUAGCUUCUCUUCGAAGAGAGAUACAACAACUUCAGUUAGAAUUAAUGGAAUAUAGACAAGGCAAGAGAGUUGUUGGCGAAGAUGGGGUAAACGAUGCUUGGCACGAGAAUCAGAUGUUAAAUAGUGAAUUGCAAAGUCUUCGUACUAGAGUUAAAGCUCUUUCAGAAACAGUUGAAGCAUUGACAGCAAAAAAUGUUCUUCUGCUGGCAGAAAAAGCUGCUGGUCAGUGGAUGUCAUCAACUGGUGGAAAUGGCGAAGUAACGAGUUUAGUACAAGGAUACGUUCAAGAGAUAGAGGAACUAAGGGCUCGUCUUUUAGAGGCUGAGGCUAUGUAUCAGCAGCUUAAGAAACGACAGAUGCAGGUUAAUGCAGCAAAUCCUUAUGGUGACUCUGGAUAUAUAUUUCAGAGUGAUUCUACAUCAGUAUUAAAUGAUGCCAAAAAAGAAUUACAGAAGGAAAUGGACGCAUUAACUGCAUUGAAGGAGCAACAAGCAUAUGGUACAAAUACUGCCAGCAAAACCGGAGACGAAGGAGAAGGCGAUGAUACAGAAGUUGGCCAAGACACUGCAAGUGAAGAUGAUUCGGAUGAUGAUUCUGAUAGAAAAGAAGAAGACGAAGAAGAAGCAGCUAUGGGUCGAGAAUUAGAAGCUUUAACGUCAGACAUUGAUGUAAAACAACGAUUAAUACAGGAGCUAGAAUUUUCUCAGCGACGAUUACAAACUAUGAAACAGCACUACGAGGAUAAACUUGCUCAAUUGCAAGCUCGCAUUAAGGACACCCAGGAAGAAAGGGACAAAGUAUUGCAUUCUUUGCAACAGCAGCCGACACCGCCGACAGAAAAAGUGAAGAAGCUGCGCGAUGAAUACGAGAAGAAACUUUCUGCUAUGCAAAAAGAAAUGCGACUUUUGCAGUCCGCGAAAAAAGAACACGCAAGAUUGCUCAAGAAUCAAUCGCAGAAUGAGAACAGAUUAAGAGGACUUCGGAACGAACUGGCAGAGAUGAAAAGAGCAAAGGUGAAGCUUUUGAAUAAAAUGCGAGAGGAAGCUCAGAGACACAAAGAAAACGAACUAAGACGCAACAGGGAGAUAGCACAAUUACGUAAGGAAAGUAGAAAAAAUGCGAACAUGAUCAGAACGUUGGAGGCUGAUAAAAGGAUGAAAGAAGUAGUCCUUAGGCGCAAACAGGAAGAGGUUACAGCGCUAAGAAAACGUGACAGAGGCCUAAGUCAAAAAGUUGCGGGUAGAGCGCCGCCUAAAUCGGCAAAUCCAAAAGCAUUGAAACAACGAUGGCACACAUUUGAAAGGACUAUUGCGAAACAGGCAUUGGCCAAGCAAGCAGCUGCGGAAACGGAGAGAGAAAUGGAAAGACUUCUUCAAGAACGUGAGGAAUUAGGCAGAGAACUCGAGAAGCUUCAAAAACACAGGAACGCUGUAACAAAUUCGAGGGGAGAUACGACUGAUGUCGAUGAAGAAAUUGAUAAUGUGAAAAGCAAAAUUAGUUAUUUACAGGAUAGCAUUGCCGAAUGUCAACGCGAUAUGGUUGAAAUGGGCGACGGAGAUGCAGAGGGUGAACCAGGUGUUGAAGCUCUGGUAUCAACAAUUCGAACUGUGGACGAAGCUCAGUACUUGUUGCAAAGAAUGUUGGCAUUUACCGUGGAACAGAGCUGCGUAGCCGCUCAAAAGCAAAUCGAAGUUAGGGAUAUGGAAUCUCGGUUGAACCAAGUGGCACAAGAAAGCGACGUACAGCAUCAAUUACUAGAGCACGUAUUACGAGACAGGGAUCUCUUGUCUCUUACAAACAAUCAUCACAAUACAUUGAAUUAUAGUCCUCCAAGUUCGAGGAGCUCAUCGCCAGACAAUGAAACUUAUAGCCAAGUUAUAAUUGGAGAGGAAAGACAGCGUAAUAAUAAAGUAAGGCGAAGAACAACGCAACCUCAGGAACUUCUUUACGGGGUACAACCCAAUUCAGAUAAUUUAAAGACAGAGGAGCAAGGACAAAAUCAUAACCAUCCACUUACAAGGGUACCCAGCGCGCCAGGUAGUUUAAAGGGAUUGGUAUUGACGAGAAGUCAAUAUGGUAAUAUAAGCGGUGGAUCUCCGACCUUAAGUCGACGCGAUAGCACAUCACCAAGGCCACUGCGACGACCACUGCAUCCUGGUGGAGGCUCCAUGGAACAGGUAGCACAUACAGAUGUGUCAUCGCCUCCUGGAUCGCCAACCACGUAUCGACGUUUCAACAGUCGAGAAGAAAACGUUUUCUCCAGGUUGACUGCGAGUAGGCAACCAGCGUCAACAGAUCCUCAGCCUAUGAAAGGAAUCAUUUCUCAAUAUCAAGGCAAGACGCCACCAAGAGCCGUUUUGCAAUGUUCUCACGUAGCAGAGGGUCACAGUAAAGCCGUUCUGACUAUAUGUGCGACUGCAGACUUACUGUUCAGUGGUUCAAAAGAUCGAACUGUGAAAGUAUGGGAUCUAAGAACAGGAAUUGAAAAUCUUACGUUAAGCGGCCAUCCCAAUAACGUAGUAGCAGUGAAAUACUCGCAAGUGCAGAAUUUAUUGUUCAGCGUUUCUGCAGCCUACGUAAAGGUUUGGGACUUGAGAAUAGGCAAUAGUUGCGUGAAAACUUUAUUCUCAUCUGGGCAGGCCCAAAGCGGACCAAUUGCGUUAUCGACUCCGUCUAGGAUGCUUCAAGUUCCUGUCGGCGAGACAACUAUCAACGAUCUAGUACUGAGCAUGGACGAGCAAGAGUUAUACACUGCGUCCAGCGAUAAAGUCAGAGUAUGGGAUCUUCGCAAGUUGACGUACAUUGGAAAAUUAAGCACACCGCAUACAGCAGCGGUAAUGUGCCUGGCUGUCGCAGAUGAUGGUAGAGUAAUAGCAGGCAGCAAAGAUCAUUUGAUAUCGCUCGUCGAACCAAACACAUCAGGACAGUCCGUCAGUUUAGCGCCGCCCCAUUACGAUGGAGUUCAAUGUUUAACUACUUGUGAUUCGACAUUAUUUUCUGGCUCAAGAGACAUGUGCAUCAAAAGAUGGGACCUGAGUAAGAUGGAAUUAGUCCAGUCGCUGAAUAAUGCACAUAAGGAUUGGAUUUUGGGUUUGUGCAUGAUCAAUAGUGGAUCCGUUAUGGUGUCUGGAUGUCGAGGAGGAGUUUUGAAAGCAUGGUCUGUACCAAAGGAACAAGGAGGGGAAUGUGCUCCAAUAGGAGAAGUUCGAGCACAUGGCUCCGCAAUUAAUGCUGUAAUAACUAAUCAACAGCAUGUUUUUACCGCGAGCAAUGACGGAACAGUGAGGCUAUGGAGCUACUAUAAGAGAGAUGCAAGAACUUUCCAGAGAAGCAACUCAUUGAAAAGUUAAUAUAUGCACCUAUUGAAAUAUUGUAUUUAUUUCGUAACUAUAAUUUUUUUAUUUAUUUAUUAGUUUGUAUUAAUUUAUGACACAACAGAAGAUUAAUACCAGAACUUG